GGCCAGUUUAGCCUAACUAGUUUAGGCCGCGCUAGCCAUACAGCUAACUGAAGCGCCAUCAUAGCCUCACGUACCUUGACUGUCCGGCAUGGUCCCCAAUGUAUGCAUGUACAAGUGGCACUCAAAUGAGCUGAAGGCACGUAUUCUUGGUGAAGUGUUUUACUGUCUGUGUUCCAAAUUCGAAGUCUGCCGUCCUGAGCACACACUGCCAGGUACUGUCGUGAUUUUGGUGAAAAGACGCACGGUAGCUGCAGCGAAGCGCUGCCACCUACAGCCGCCAUUUCUGAAGAGUUGCUUGCGUCUGCGUGCGUGGUUUACGCGAACCACGUGUGGAAGAUUGUGCACAUGCGCAGAUUUGCGUCAAGCGUAUCCACCACCGAUUGGUUGCUACCAGACAACAAAAAACUCCCAUGUUGCUUACGCUUGCUACAUUCGCACACGACUACGCGUGUGUCUUCAUCGAGCUAUGUGUAUUUUCAUGCAUUUAUUAAUACACUAAAACAUUCGUUUUGUGUGGGGUCUAAAUUUAGUCGUGACCAAAAUAAAUUGCCAGGAAUUUAUAUAUUUUUUUAUUUAGGUUUGACGAGUGUUUUGACUCUUGCGCUCUCUACUGGAAAGGUUGAACUAUGACAGCCGUCGCUUGUUAUGACGUCAUAUACCUGCGCUUUCAAGCAUGGUGAUCCCUUCGCGAUGUAAACAGGAUUCGAGGAAAUGGAUGUGUCAAUGGGCUUAUUUACCCUCCGAUAACUGAGAUUUCAGCCAGGUAUAUAGUUCUAUUUACUUUGAACUAAUUUACACAGUGGUGUUUUUUCUGAUUCAUCGGAUAGACGAUAUCUCUCGACCUUGUCUCAAAUAAACGUGAACUAAUGGCCGUGCAAAUGGCUAGUGCUGGACAUCUUAUUUUGCAUAGACUGACGCGUAUUGUCUCAUCUACCCCAGGGCAUUACAGGCACAAGGACAUUUUUAGAAAUCUCAAUUCAAGUAGACUGGACGUACAACGUUUUUCGACAGGAUGUUUGAACUCAAAUCAGGAUGCUCGACACAACUCUGAUCCAUCACUCUUGAAUACCAAACAAUCACUACUGUGUAAAAAGAGAUCUCUCUCUGCGCUUGAGAGAGUCAGUAGCCUGCUCCCCCAGGAUGCAUUGAGCCCUGAGGUGAUGCAGCUGAGAGAACAGAUCCAGCCACCUGAAGAGGAUGCAUACAUGCAAAAAGAGCAAAGCCAUGCUGAUGCUCUGUCCACAUUGUCCACACAAGCUCAAAUCACUGAUUUGGACGCAAGAGAUGAAUUGCUGUUGAAAGAAUUCGAUUCAAAUUCACAGGGUCCUACACUUCCACAAGAGACAACACUUGCGUAUGGGGAGCUGCUCAUAGCGGAGUAUCGUAAGAACAGGGAUGUGGGGUUCAGGAAGAUGUUCCAGCUUCAGACAGGAGGACGUCUGCAGAGCAGCUGGGGGAUUGUCCUACAUGACUAUGUAGCUGGGCAACCUGCAGGUCAUUUUCAGAGGACAAGCCGUCAGGUUCCCCUCUACAUACGGCGUGCCAGUUUGGAUGAUUAUGUGCUGAAUAUGAAGAGGGGUCCUGCAAUCUGCUACCCAAAGGAUGCCAGCACUAUGCUGAUGAUGAUGGACGUCACAGAGGGAGACUGUGUGCUGGAGUCGGGUACUGGUUCUGGGGCCAUGUCUUUGUUUUUAUCCCGAGCAGUGGGCUGCAGGGGUAGCGUGUUGAGCAUCGAUGUCAGGGAGGAUCACCUCAAAAAUGCCAUGCUCAACUAUCAGCGCUGGAGGGCCUCGUGGCGAGCACGGCGCGGAGAGGAGUGGCCCGACAACAUUCAGUACCAUAACGCUGACCUAUGCACGGCUUCAUCUCUUUUGGCCUGUAAGGGAUUCAAUGCGGUUGCACUUGAUCUUAUAAACCCACACCUUGUUUUACCAAUGGUGAUUCCACAUCUGCACCCUGGAGCUGUAUGUGCCGUCUACCUUGCCAAUAUAACACAAGUCAUAGACCUGCUAGAAGGGAUUCGAUGCUCAGCACUCCCUUUACUGUGUGAACGCAUCGUGGAGGUUCCAAUCCGGGACUGGCUAGUGAGCCCAGCCCUUCUUAAAAAUGGGAAGUACUGCUUGAGGAAGGCUUCACUUGUCAAUGAAGACCAGAGAGAAGCGGACACGCCAGAUAAGGCUGAACAAGAAAAUCCGGCCUUUGGGAGUGUUCCUUACAUUGCCAGACCUCACCCAGAGCAAUUUAGUCACACAGCGUUCCUGGUGAAACUGAGGAAGUUUGUGAGUUAGCCGCUGAGCUGCAAGGAGAAGAUUGACACUUGAUUCAUAUUCGUUUGUAAAGUAUAUGGAAAAUAAAUCUGAUCUGAGGAUCAAAAAGCUGAAUGAAUGUAUUACAAAAAUCAAAGAGUACAUUUCAC